AGAUCGCCUGUCAGUCAAGCUGUUUGCGAAGGGCCAAUUGCUACUCAAAGCUAGGGAAAACUAGUUUCGAUGGGGGUCCUCGUUAAAAAUUUUGGUGUGUAAAAUAUGCGUUUUUGGCGGGGUUCCCCUGGUAACAUUCGCAUUCCAGGGGACAAAUAUCACGAUAUUGGGGUCGCUUAAACCUGUGGACAUGAAAAACAACCUGUGACAACAGUGUUAAAGUAGCCCAAUUCCAUGGGAAAACCUCAGACUUGGCAACAUUGGUUACCAGACCAGUAGUGCUCAUUGCAGAGCCAAAUGACAUCUAAAUGACAUCGCAGUUGAUACUCAAAACUAGCUCAAUUAUGUUUCCCCUGUUAAAAGUCGUGUUCCACAGGGUAAAAUACAUGUUUGGUUGGAUAUUUGGAUAAAUAUCACAAUAUUGGGGUUGCUUCAACGUGCGGACAUGAAAAACAACCCGCAGCAACAGUGUUAAAGUAGCCAAGUUCUGCGGGAAAACAGCAGACUUGGCAGCGCUGCCCUCCACCUGUACCUAAUGGGUGGCCUUAUACUCAGAGAUGGUUAGGGUGUGGUUGGGCCAUCUAGUAACACCUAUUAAGUCCAGCAGGGAGCUGGAUGUCAAGCUCCAUCCAUUGGCUCUGCAGUGAGCAGCCUCUCGAUUUGCUUAAACACAGUUAUGUUAAAUUGUGUUUAAUUUUCAUUGCAUGAUUUAUUAACACACACACCCACAAAUGUAGAAACGCCCACUUUUGUUCUGCAGACAUCUCAUACUCUUAUUUUUGAGUGCGACGGUUGUGUCUCAAAAUCCAGUCAGCACCCGUUGGAUAGAGCCAGUUCCCCGCCCUACAUUUUUUUUCAAUAGUGCGUUACACUCAGAUGUACAUCAGAAUACAGAAGAAAAAAUCUGCUGAUACUUCUGUUUCAUCGCAACUUUAAUAUCAGCACAUCUAUGAUUACAUACAACUUACAUGUCACACUGUAAAAAGCACAUUUAUCAGCACUGAGUGCUGAAAUUUGAAGCAUUUUUCAACUAUGUUGAAAUGUUAUUUAUUCAAGACUUGUGAGGAAUAUUCCAAUGUAGGGGUUUGUGUGCAGUCAUUGUCAUGUGUUUGUGAAAGAGCAGUUUUUAGCUCUGUUAUUUGUGUCUCACAAGUUGUUUGUUUAUAGUCAUGCCUUCAGGACAAUACCACCAGUGUGACACCCUUUUCAUAUAUAGUUCAUGCAUGAUUUACCUCUCACCCACCAUUUUAUACCGUGCAUGAAACGGUGGGUGAAUUUUGUGGCCGUUUGUGUUAUAAUUUUUAGUUUGGUGUUAGACAUAGGGUGGAAACCAGCCUACGCAUCAACUCUAUAUGUUGCAUUGGUUUUUUUGCAUCUGUGAACAGCAAAAGUAGUUCCUUGUUGAGGAUGUAAGCCAACAGUACUUUUAGACUAAAUCGUACGUUGCCGCCUUGCAUUAUGAAUCUGCAUCCUAUGUAUAGUAAGGAUUUCUUCCUCUUAAUUCUCAUGACAAAUUUAGAGGAAGCUUGUACAGAAUUGGAAAAUACCACUUCCUAAAACAAGCUGAAUGUUAACUUUAACCAAUUUCUGAGUUUGAAACUUUCAGGAGGCGAUUUACGAUAAACGCAUUGCAAAUGAAAUAUUUCUUUUGAAGCUAAGUAGCCUGAAUAAUGACCUGUUAUUCUUGUUUCAUUUGUUCAUUGUGACUGUCCAGCUAUCAUAUCUGCCAGCAGAUGAGCUGACUCUUGAUCUGGCAGAUGUAGAGCACGCUGGUUUACAGGACAAAGUGAGAAAGCUGCGACACAGAAGAGUCUAUUACAGGAGAGACGUUUCUUCCGAUGGCAUCCAGACUCUCGGAGAGGAUAAACAUGAUGUGCUGCUAGUGACACAGAGAACAACAUGGACAGACAAUAACAAAUCGUCACGCUUAGGGGUGCAGUCUUGGUUCGUUAUGACAAGUGGCUGUGUGGAAGAUGUCCACCCUUUCUGCGACUGAUAUCACUGAUGUUGGUCAUGGGGACUCUCUGUGCUGUGGCAGUGAAGAGGGCCCUUCAGCAGCGACAGCAGAAGUGAAACAGGAGACUCUCAGUCAGACGGCCUCAUACGGCACCUCACACAAUGAGCUGAACGACACGCUGCUCAUGGAGCACGGUGACAUCAAGAUGUACCCCACAGAGGACACACCCGCACCAGAGGGUCAGCCAGUAAAGAGAAAGAAAGGCCCUGCUCCCAAGAUGUUGGGGAAUGAGGUGUGUAGCGUAUGUGGAGACAAAGCAUCUGGCUUUCAUUACAACGUGCUGAGCUGUGAGGGCUGUAAAGGUUUCUUCAGACGCAGUGUCAUCAAAGGAGCUCAAUACACCUGCAAGAAUUCGGGCCGCUGCGAGAUGGACAUGUACAUGCGCCGCAAGUGUCAGCAGUGCCGUCUGCGCAAGUGCAGGGAGGCGGGCAUGCUAGAGCAAUGUGUGCUGUCAGAAGAGCAGAUCCGACUGAAAAAGAUGAAAAAACAGGAAGAAGAGACGGCACGUACCUCUGCAGUGGCAGCACCCAGUCCUGCCCCUGAGAUGCCCCCUCUGGCUCCUGAACAGCAGGAGAUGAUCGAAAAACUGGUGGCCAUGCAGAAACAGUGCAACAAACGCUCUUUUCUGGACCGGCCCAAAGUCACUCCUUGGCCACAGAGUCAGGAUCCACUUAACCGAGAGGUUCGACAGCAGCGGUUUGCUCAUUUCACUGAGCUGGCCAUCAUGUCUGUGCAGGAGAUUGUAGACUUUGCAAAACAGCUGCCUGGCUUCCUGGAGCUCACCCGAGAGGACCAGAUCGCCCUGCUGAAGACCUCAACUAUAGAGAUCAUGCUGCUAGAGACUUCCAGACGUUAUAACCCAGCGAUAGAGAGCAUCACCUUCCUCAAAGACUUCAGUUACAAUAAAGAGGAUUUUGCCAAAGCAGGGCUGCAGUUUGAGUUCAUCAACCCCAUCUUUGAGUUUUCAAAAGGCAUGAAUGACCUCCACCUGGAUGAAGCAGAGUACGCUUUGCUCAUCGCUAUCAACAUUUUCUCAGCAGACCGACCGAACGUGCAGGAUCACGAAUUAGUGGAAAGACUACAGCAGCCAUAUGUGGACGCUCUCCACUCUUACAUCAGAAUAAAACGACCUAAUGAUCAUCUGAUGUUUCCCCGGAUGCUGAUGAAGCUGGUUAGCCUACGCACACUGAGCAGCGUCCACUCGGAGCAAGUGUUUGCUCUGCGCCUCCAAGACAAGAAACUCCCACCUCUGCUUUCGGAAAUUUGGGAUGUCCACGAGUGAACCGGCACCCCGCCUCCAAGACCGAAUGAGCCAGUGUCAGGGAAACAUGGGUGGGCAGGGGUCCUCCACAGACAGAACACAGGGUCAUGAUGUCCUUAAGGGCUGACAUGUCUCCCACUGUCACGAGAAGCCUGGUUUUAUCAUUCUCUUCCUUGACUUCUAUAUUUUGGACCCAGUGGUCAGUGAGCUGCUUCCUUCGAAUGUGCUAUUGAUAGACUGUAUGGCCAGAAGUAGCUCAGGGACCGUUCAGAACAGGUAAUGGUUAUUUGACCAUGAUCAUUUGAGCUUAGGUAUCUGGAUGGGUUGGGAUUCAGAGACUUGCUUGCUAGAGUGAGCAGCCACAAAAAGCGUGGUCAUGAUUUUUUUUUUUUUUUUUUUUUUUUUUAAGUUGCUGUUGAUGUUUAUACCUAAUGUUUCCAGUACCAAAAGGUUUUGGCAAUGGUUUCUACUUUCUAAUUAACAAAAGAGGCUGUCUUGAAGGUUCUUCAUUACAGAAAUGUAGUUUGUGAUUCCACUCUGGCUGAUUGGUUGGAAAUGGCAGACGGCCAUUUGAUUUGUUUUUUAACAUGCUUAGAUCACGCACAGCAAUGAGUAACAGAGUUUUCUCAUUCGCUCAAUUUUAUUACAUGAUGUCUGACAUGCAUUUACUUUCUAAUUAAUGUUAAAACUCAAUCCUCGGUUUAUAUGGACAAAAUCAAUCAGUGCUUUACCAGUUCAAGCUGUUCAGAACCCAUGCUACACGGAUCCAGCAUAUCACAACGUACACAAGGAAAUUCUGUUUUCUGCUGGUUGGAAUAUUCAGAAGAACUGACAAACCAAAUGGCCUGAUUUUAUGAGGUCAAACGUACUGCAGAUGUAUUCUGCACACCAACCCAAUGUUUUGGAGUGGUUAAAAGUGCUUAUCAGUGUAGCAUAUGGUUGGCAGGGAUCGGUAAGUGUCACUGGAGCCGCUAACCUGAAUCAGUAUGCUGCUCAACUCACAGCAACUACUGAGAAACAUAGAUAGAUAGAUAACCUCCAAGUGUGAAAUCUUAAACCAUGAUAAUUCCUUUUCCAUUACAUUGUCAUGUUUAGUUACUGCAAUCUCCAACUUAACAUGCUGUAGUUUCUCUUUUUUGACGCAUCGGUUCUACUUGGAGGGCUCAUGUUGUUUGACAAUUCAUUCUUGAAAACAUAUAUACACAAACUAAAUCUCAGUUUGAUGCCCAUGUCUUGAUCAGUGUCUUUUUGGUCAAAACAAGAUCACAAAUGAACAAUACUGUAAUAUAUGGAGAGUUUAUUUGUAAAAACAGAACUGUUUUUUUUUUUUUUUUUUUUUUUUCAAAAAUCAUGUUUUUUAUGUUAUCAUGUUUUUUUUGUUUGUUUGUUUGUUUGUUUGUUUUUACUUUUAUAUCAAAAUAACCCAACUACAGUUUGAUUGAGAUUAAUUGGAAUGCACAAUGAGAAAACAUGAUUUUUGAACAUUUCUGUUAUGAAAGUUGUCUGUUUGAACUCAAAUGAACUGUUCAUAUCAUCAAAUCAGUGUUUAAAUUGUCAUAGAAAUAACUUGGGCCAUUGUUGUAUUUCACCUACACUUGUUUUUCUUUCUUUUUUUUUUUUUUGCUAAUAGCAUUGUUUAGUUCUAUAUACACCCAUUCUUCAAUGAGGGUAGUUUUGUCAACUUUUAUUUACACGUACUAAAUAAUUUAAUUUAAAUCCUUAAGAUUCCUUUUUGUGUGAUUUUUGCAAUAUCUGCUUUAACAGUUUUGUUGUACCUCACUUCAGAUAGUCUGAAUGCACUCAGAAUAAAACCUGUCCCGUCUACAUCCAGAGAGGUCGACGAUGUUUGCGAAACAACCUAAUUUUAAUAUUAAACCGAACGGUAUCACAGCAGUAGCUCUGAAAAAAGGGACUAGGCAAAUGAGAGCACUUUGUAAUGUCUUAUUAUGGUCCAUAACAAUGCAAAUACAGUGUGACCAUGUACAAUUCAGGUUUUACUGAUCUUAAAACCACUUCUUUGAUAGACAUGGGUUGUUGUGAAUCAAUUAUAGAAACUAACAUAAGCAUCAUUUCUAUGAUUGACUAAUACAGUUGGUUUCCUGUGGCAUUCUUUGCCCUGACUGUGCAUAUUAUUGAGACUUUGUUUGCUGAAUCAGAUGCCCAUGCGUAUGUUUUCAUACCACCUUUCUGUCAGAUAGUUUUCCUCAAGGCUCAUUUGAUCAUUUUGACUUGUCCAGGCUCAUUAAAGUCAUUUCCAAUCUUUCACAAGGGCUUGAAAAUACAGUUCACAAACUGAAACCUGGUAUAAAACCCACUGAAAGACAUACUUUGUUGAACCUCAAUGAUCUUCCUGAUGAUUUGUCAUUGCGUAUCAUCUGUUUGUGCACAUAUGAGAUGUGAUGAGGGCAUAGACAAAUUGUAGUCAUCACCGUAAUGAGCGUUUACUCGUUGCUCUAUGGUUUUUCUCCAAACUGAAAUGAUUUUCUAACAAUGUUAUUACAUGAAGCAGAGUGUAAUGCAAAGUUGAUUGUAGUUCUAAUUUAUUUGUACCCUCUCGGCUCAGUGGACCUCAUUGCUCUGAUUAACAUUAGUCUUCAAUAUGGUCAUGAAAGGAUGACAUCAUAGAAAUGCAACCUUAUGUUUUAACGCCUUAAGUCCUUGGAUGUAUACUGCUUUAUAUGUAUAAAUUAAAAGUAGACUAAAUUUAUUGUUCUGUGAGAGUAUAUAUUUAUCUGAUAAAAAAUGCUGAAAAACUUA